CAACUCUUUUCGGGAAUCAUAAAAUCGUAAUCAAAGAGUCUAACAAUGCGUUUUACUUCCAAAGGCACUUCUAUUGUUAGGUUAUGGUUUUCUUUCAAAAAAAGAUUUAGAUGGAACGUUCGUAGUAUAGCUAUAGUGUUCUCCGUUUUCAACUAUGGCACGUUUUCACGAUCGAGGUUGCGUUGUACAAAUUUUUAAUCAGAAGACCCAUGUACUCAGUUCGGUGCUACACAGCCAACGAAAACUGCGGAAAGGAAUUCAAUGACAGACGUUUCUGUCAGAUUUCACCGAUCGAUUUAACCUAUCUGUCAGACCCUGGACAGGACCCCGGUCGAACAUAUAAACUGUUAUCAAUAUCCACAAAAAGCAACAUGGCGUCUGUCGAACAGGUUCAUUAAAGGAUUUCAAAACUUCCUUCCGUCACUACUUGAAAGGAAUUUACAACUGGGCGCUGAUGCCUCCCUCAUCUAAAGCAGUAAUGAGAUAGUAAUGGCGGGGUCAUUUAUUCACGAGUUUCUCUCUCGAACAACAGAAACGUGUCAGCGUCUACUUUUACAAACUGGGCUGGCGAUGGACAUUGGGUUGUUGAUUUCCUUCAUUUCUCUUACUUGAUCCGUGUACACUUCUUUCAGUUUAAUCCGACUGCGAUGUUGAAACACCUGAGCAGAAUCGCCGUGGGUACGUUUGGAUGGUAUUUCUGGGUGAACCUGUUUGUUUUCAUCGAGGAGCUAACCGGCCAAUGCGAAGGAGAAGAAACGUUGUCUUCAAAGAUGACUUGUAGCCUGCAGGGAUUUCACUUAGAUGGCUUAAAUACAUCUGGAAACGUUUUUCCUCUGACUAACAGUACUCCACUCAUCUAUUCAUCAGUCAAGAAAUCCAGGUUAAAAGAUGGUGGUCAGCUGAGCAGAGAAACGCAAGAAGAACAGCUUGUUUUGGCAGGCAAUGCAAGCUUUUGUCAGUCCACUGGUAGAGUUGCUUUUUAUUGUAAGAGCUUGCUGCUGGUUUGGGAGUUCGUGCUGGUGUGUACCAUUGUGCAUUUUCACACUAUUCAUGAGACUAUACUUGGAGUUUUAGCAGCCUUGUUUACCUGGUAUAUGUUACUUACAGAGUGUGGUACGAGAAUGAACUUUCGCCUGGUUCACAAUGAACCCCUUUUGAAUAAAUGCCUACUAGUAAUAGUACUUAAAAAUGUUUCAAGACUGACUGAUUAA